CACUAAAUUAUAAAUCAGACACAAAAUAUUUAUAUAACACAAUGUAUUAAUGUGUUUUAUUUGCAUGUUCACUUCUUGGUUUUGACCUUUGUUAGGCCAAAUCAAGUGGAUGUUAUUACAACCAUUGAGACAUGCUGGGUUUGGAUAAACAGUAUUUGUGUAAAUGUUCUUAAACUGCAACUUUUCAAAUUAGUUUUGGCUUUUAAAUAUAAAGCCGGUUAAAUAGAAUUGCACGUGUGGACUCUUCACAUGAUGAAACUUGAAUACUGGAGCCCUGCAGCUCAUCGAAGAAUGCCAAACAUUAUUCAUCUCAGAUUUCCCUGGGAGCUCUGAUCCGGUUUUGUGAAUGGUUUUGUGUUUAGUGAUGUCAGAGCAGCAGCUGAGCCACCCUCACCCCGCAGCUCCUCCCACAGAGAGAAACACCUCCCUCCUGCCUUAGCACACUCCCAUCCCUUCCUCAGAGGUUGAGUAACUUUCAGACAGCAGCACAGUUCCCUGCUUAUAGCCAUAGGUUGCCUAACACUGGAGCACAACACAUCUGUGACUGCAUCUGGAGGAGCACUCUCUCCCUGUUAACACCAGCAUGGUAAAGACAUCUGACUGACACUGGGCUCUCUGCUUUCUCCUGCUUUGAUUUGAUUCUGCAACAUUUUAGGAUCUGGAUCUGAUCCGUCACAGAGUAGCACAGUGUAAGGGUGCUUUUACAGAAAGACAGAAAAAUGAACUUUGAUGAAAUUCUCUGCCUUAUUGGAGGCUUUGGGAAGUUCCAGAAGACCUUGUAUAUAUGGAUCUGUCUACCUCAGAUCUUUCUGGCAUUCCACAUGCUGGUCUCGGUCUUCACUGGGGCCGUUCCGCCACAUUUAUGCCACUCCUCGGGCCUCUCAGCGGGCCCUCCGUCCUUUUCGAACUUCAACUUCAGUAGUCCGUCCUCCCCUUAUGGCCAGUCUGAGCUGUCGUGCACGGUUCCUUUGAACCUCAGCGGGGAUGGAGCUCCAGGCGAUGGACACCCCACUGAGAAGUGCCCGGGUGGCUGGGAUUACAGCACAGAGACCUUCCAAAGCACCAUAGUGACUGAGUGGGACCUGGUGUGUGAUGAUGCCAGCCUGAACAACGUGGGCUCCUCAGUGUACAUGCUCGGCCUGCUGGUUGGAGCCGUUGUAUUUGGGAGCUUAGCUGAUAAGUACGGCCGCAGGAUUGUCAUUCUCUGUAACCUGGCUAUCCAGGCUGUGUUCGGGGUCGGGGCUGCUUUCGCCCCUAACUUCUACGUCUACACCUUCCUCCGCUUCAUGGUUGGAACAUCCAUUUCUGGUGUCAUCAUGAACGCCUUUGUCCUAGGCACGGAGUGGACGGGAUCCAAGCAGCGGAUGUUGGCUGGUAUAAUCACUGACUACUUCUUCGGCGUGGGUUACAUUCUGCUGGCAGGAGUGGCGUACCUUAUACGAGACUGGCGUAAACUACAGUUGGCUAUCUCAGCACCGGGUUUCCUCUUCAUCUUUUACAUCUGGGUGUUGCCGAAGUCAGCUCGCUGGUUAAUGGCCAAUGACAGACAGGAGGAAGCAUGGGAACUGAUCCGGAAAGCAGCGCAGAUCAAUGGGAAGCCCCUCAGCAAAGAUCUGGAGAUGUGUCAGGUCUGUAGAGCUGAGGUGAAGAAUGAGGUGCAGAAAAAACACUCAUUUGUUGACCUGGUUAGAACCCCGAAGAUGAGGAAGCAGUCUUUGAUUGUGUUUUAUCUCUGGUUUGCCAAUGUGCUGGUGUACUACGGCCUGUCUCUGAACAUUUCUGACUUUGGAAUGAACAUCUAUCUGACCCAGCUGAUCUUCGGCCUGGUAGAGAUGCCUGCACGCACCAUCACCCUGUUCACCCUCAACCGUUCUCGCAAGUUCUCCCAGCUAGCUUUCCUGGCUGUGGGGGGCACCGCCUGCCUGCUCACCAUCUUCAUCCCCGAUGACUUGUCUGUCAUUAAGACCGUGCUGGCCAUGAUCGGGAAGUUUGGGAUCACAGCCUCUCUGUCUAUUAUUUACGUGUACUCGGCGGAGGUGUUCCCCACGGUUAUCAGACAGAAUGGGAUCGGCAUCGGCUCCAUGUGUGCUCGGACCGGAGGGGUCCUGGCUCCCAUGAUGCACCUGCUAAGGAGACUCAAUCCUCAUGCUCCCAUGGUGCUGUGCGGCCUCUGCCCUCUGCUGGGCUCUGCCCUCACCCUUCUGCUCCCGGAGACUGCCAAUAAGCCCCUGCCCGACACCAUCGAGGACAUAGAGGGACCCCUCCUCAGUGAGGAGGACAGCGGCGUCUCUGAGAGCUCUCUGGGGAAGACAGACGUUGGGGCAGCACCAUGACGGACUGAUGCAGCGGGAUGCGUGCUGCCUCAUCCGAGCACUCAAUGAUCUCAGCACUAUUCCCCAGACUUCCAGAGAAGGUCCAGGUUACAUUUUGUUUAUGCACACACUUCAGUAAACAACAGUCUGUGUGUAGGUAUUUUUUCACCUUUUACAAUGUACACGUUUGUUUUGAUAUGCCAUCUUUGCUUUUGAUACAGUAUUAGAUAUCAUCAGCUGAUUUAUCAGUGGAAUGAAAUCAGUGAUUAUACAGUAUGUAAUGUUAGGAAUAAAAUAGACUCUUUACGUCAGUAUGUAUGAUCAGAAAAAUGGAAAUAUAGCGUAAUGCUGCUGUCAUCGUCACUAAUAUAAUGUGACUUAAGUUGUUACUCUGAAGUGUUAAUUUUUACUAUUUGUACUAUAAAGAUUAACUAACACAA